UACGAGUGAGGACUAGAAUGACAAUUCAAGGAUUUCCUGUGAAUGACAGUCAAGGAGAGUGGCAGACUACACUACACAGAUUUGUACAGACCUACCUGGUGCACCAUGGGUAUUGUUCUUCAGCAGAAGCUUUUGCCAAAAGUACAAACCAGGCUUUUGUGGAGGAGAUAAAAUCUAUAAAAAACAGACAAAGAAUACUUAAACUUGUGCUAGCUGGAAGGAUUGGUGAAGCCACAGAAACCACUCACAAGCUUUAUCCAGGACUUCUGGAAAGAAACCCAAACCUACUCUUCCUUUUGAAGUGUCGACAGUUUAUAGAAAUGGUUAAUGGCACUGACAGUGAAGUCCGUCCUGCUCGAAGUCCUAGAUCACAAGGCAGCUCUCCAGCUAGAAGUCCAAGCUAUUCCUCAAGAACUGCUCACGCCAGUGUGCUGAAGUAUUCCAGUAACUCCCCAACAUCAGCUAGCCCUACUUCACAAGUCAUUUGUGGUAAACCUACAGUUCAUGUUGAUUGUAGUUCACAUAAAAACACUCGCAGAUCUCCAGUAGAGGAUAAGAAUAUUACAAACAAUGCACUUUCUAAUGGAAACGUGCUUAAUGGUAAUAAAGAAAUUGACACAUCAGAAAACAUAUGUGAUGAUAUAGAUGUGAGAAAAGGAGAGACUGUAACUGUUGAAUAUGCAAAGAAUGGAAGGACUUUACCAAUGAUAACCAAUGGAAAUACACAGUCAUCUAUAGAUUUUUAUCAAAAUAGUAAUACCCAGGAGAAUGAUAGUGAAGAAGAUGAAAAUGAAAUGGAUGUUGACCCACCACGGAGACUUAUGUGUGGAGGGAGUCAAUUAGCACUAGAACGAAUGCUACAGUUUGGACGAGAGCUUCAUUCAUUUAGUGUACAACUAAAGAGGGAGUUUGGAACUAAUGAAACUAACAAAAAAAUGUUGCAGGAUGCCUUCAGCCUCUUAGCAUACUCAGACCCAUGGAAUAGCCCAGUAGGACAUCAGAUGGAUCCAGUUCAGAGAGAACCUGUGUGUGCUGCACUCAACAGUACAAUUUUAGAAUCUCACAAUCUACCACGCCAGCCACCUUUAGAACUUGCCUUAGCUCACGCACAGGAAGUGGUCAAGCUCAUGUCCAGAAGUGGACUUGGUUCUUGUGCUUUUGCAAAUCUGGAAGAUACCCUGUUACAUUGACCCUGUUUUUGAUAUAGAGCAGCAUUUUUUUUCUGUAUCCAGUCUGCUAGUUUCACGAAAAUUAUAAAUCAUUUUAAUUUAAUCCUAUAUGCCUUCUUGUGCACUUCUCUCUCUGCUGCUGUUGUCUUAUUUCAGUCUGUCUUUGUUCAGUUUUGGACGUUCCAAACUACAGUACUUCGCAGCAGUGACAAAUAAACCUCCUUUCUCAAAGCAUUAAUGUGAUUUAAUCUUCACAUCUGAUCCCAUUUUAUAAUUUACUUGGCUGCUCAUACCAAGAUCUACCAAAACCAUAUAGUUGUUCCCUCCACAUGGGUGGACUUGUGCGUAAUCUAGAUGUGGUUUUGUAGAGACAUAUAGCAGUAAGAGAACAUGGUAAGUUUAAAACAAACCUUAUGGCUGGUUUGUGACUAACAUAUACAAGGUUGUAAAGAAACUACAAACCACACAUCUAUUUCUGGAUGUGGUUUUCUCUUGUGAGAGAAAGAUGUUAUUUUACAAAGCUUUUAUUAUAAUCUAUUAGAUGUUCCAGUUGAAGUGGUUAGGUUGAUAGUUGUUAAUCAAUUAGAAUAUUAAUGAAUUCGGCUAGCCCUGUAGAGGUGGUUCACAGUAAGAGUUUGUAUUUCAACGAUUUAGUAAAAUUCAUCCAAUGUACCUGAUUUAUCCCAGUAAUAAUGAAAUCAACUACAACUGAAGAAACGGCUCAUGGAAGCAAAAUAGAAUAUGCUGAAAAAUUCUCAUUAUGUAAAACGUUAAUUUCAUAGCUUGGUAAUUCUGGAGAGUGAAACAAGUUACAACAUAUGUUCACAGCAUCAGUACUGUUUUUUCUUUUCUUUUUGUGAAGCAUUCAUUCAUUCUCAGGAACAUAUUUUGAUUUAUAAUUUUGUUUUUCCUAAUUUAUUGAGAAACUGUUAGUAUUACACAUGAUUGUAAAAAUGUACGUGAUUUUUCAGCAAAGCCGUUAAUUCUCUAGUAUAACAGAAAGAGAUUUCAUAAAACUUCCACCUUCAUGGAUUGCAUGCUUCAAAUAUAAUGUUUUAUAUUGUAAUUGUUUCUUAUUCCUGCUAUUAUUCAAAUGAUUUUAUACCUUCAGACGUAGAGAAAUAAAGCUAAAGUAUCAAUGUGAUUUUUUAAUAAAUUACUCGCAGGCUGCUAAUACUAGUAUUUUAUUUAAAUCUGAAGGUGAUAAGUGUACUUUACAUAGUGUUGUGAAUAACCUUAGCCUUGUUAUUCAAACACUACCAUGGAAAAUUGAACUUAGUUUUAUUUUGUAACUAAAAUUAGUUUUUCAUAUUAACUUUGCCAGUCACACCUCUUUUAAAUAAGUAAAAUCAGAAAUAAAUUAAGAGCUGCUUGAAAUAUACUGGUGGAUAAGAUUGUUUUAUUUUAUCUUGAAACUUCAAUAAAAUACUUAUGUUAUAAUUUUAUAAUGGAAAGGAAACAGUAAGAAUUUUAAUUUUGAUGUACGUAACUUAUUAUUGCUGAAAACUAGCUUUAAAACACACGUUUUUUAUGGUAACUUGUGGUCAUUGUUUCAGUUUUUUAUAAAGAAAUUAAGGCCUAUUUACAUAAUCAAAUAAUGUUUUAUAUUAUAAGAAUAAAGCAAACAAAACUGAUAGUUAAAAUAUAAGAUUCUAACCAGGGUUCAGUGCCACAUGAAACACAAAUUAAGUAUAGUGUGAUUUCUUUGUUAAAAAACAUUACCAACAGUAGUAUUGAAUGGUGUAAUUAAAAGUGAUACUUAACUCACUAUGAACUGUACAGUUUACCCGUUAUUAACUUUGUUCCUAGUAAACUACAUGGUGAGACUACAUCUCUACUGAUUUAGGCCUGAGGGAUGUUUAGAAAGCACUUCAUUUAAUAUUUUACGUUUUUACUGGUUUAGAGAUAUCAGUGUUUACAUUUCUAUGUAGAACUGUGGCAUUUUGAAUUAUUGUGUAAUAAAUAAUUGUAUCAAG